GUAGGACCUUUCCUGCGAAGAAUUUCCGUAGGCACGUCUUGCGCAUGUUUCUCGUGGGUGUCUCUUCUGCAUUUGAAGACAAACUUAUGGAAGAGAGGCGCACAUAACCGCACACACGCACAGAAGUGCAGAAGAGAGGAAGUGGGAGAUCGAUAAUCUCUGUUUCAUCGAUGUGGUCUAUUUUUGGUGGUAGUAAAGCUGAACCAGCAGCUGAAGUAUCAUCAAUCUUCAUCUACCCAAUAAAAUCAUGUCGAGGGAUUUCUGUUUCUGAAGCACCAAUCACUUCUACUGGGUUCCGUUGGGAUCGACAAUGGCUGGUUAUAAACUCCAAAGGCAGGGCAUAUACCCAGAGAGUUGAACCAAAGCUAGCACUUGUAGAGGUGCAGUUGCCAAAUGCAGCAUUUAAUGGGGAUUGGGAACCUACAAAUACAUCAUAUUUAGUAUUAAGGGCCCCUGGAAUGAGUGAACUCAAGGUUUCUAUGAAAUCAACUGGUAAAGUUAUUGAUGGUGUUUCCAUGUGGGAGUGGUCUGGCUCUGCAUUGGAUGAGGGAGCUGAAGCAUCGGAAUGGUUUUCAAAUUAUCUUGGGAAAACCAGUCGUUUAGUGCGUUUUAUUGAAGGAUCUGAAACUAGGGCCGUCGAUCCGGAGUAUGCUUGUGGAUACAGAACCAUGUUUUCUGACCUGUUUCCUUUCAUGUUACUUUCUCAGGGAUCUUUGAAUGCAUUGAAUGAACUUCUCAAAGAGCCCUUACCAGUUAACCGCUUCAGGCCUAACAUCCUUGUUGAUGGAUGUGAGCCAUAUGCUGAAGACUUAUGGACAGAAAUCAAAAUAAACGGUUUAAUAUUUUAUGGUGUUAAGUUAUGCUCUCGCUGCAAGGUGCCUACAAUCAAUCAAGAAAAUGGGAUUGCAGGAAACGAACCAACUGAAAUGCUCAUGAAGGUCCGAUCUGACAAAGUUUUACGUUCAAACUGUAAACAAGGGGGAAAGGUUUACUUUGGACAGAAUUUAGUCUGCAAAGAAUCACUAACUCAAGGGAAAUCAAAGGUUAUUAAAGUUGGAGAUCCAGUUUAUGUCCUUAAGAAGGUCUCCUCAGCGGCAGAAGCAGCAGCUUGAAACCUUUACAUACAUGACAAAAUUGAUGUUUUUGGGUCAUUAUGGUCAAAAUAUUGCAGGGAUAUCCCGUGUAGCAGCUUGAAACCUCUACAUAUAUGAUAGUAAUAAUGUUUUUGGGUCAUUAUGGUCAAAAUAUUGCAGUGAUAUCCCGUGUAGCAGCUUGAAACCUCUACAUAUAUGAUGGUAAUAAUGUUUUUGGGUCAUUAUGGUCAAAA